AUGCGCUUUAAUGGAAGCGCCUUGCUGGAAAGUAGCAGCCCUGAAGCUCAACCGCUUGAUUGGGAUGAGGAGGAAGAUGGUCCGUGGAGGCCUCCAGACUUGGCAGCCACCUGUUUAGCUCGAUAUUUUCAAUUUGCCACCGUCAGCGGCCGCCAUGCACCUUUCGGCCUUUGGCCAGCCAAUGCCAUGUGUCAAUUGUCCGAGGAGUUUCCUGUGUGGCACGACUCCUUUGAGGUGUCAGUUCCCGAGCCACUUUCUGGACUGAUCGGGGGUGCUGUGCUGCGGGCAGGCCGGCACCGGGUGGAUGCCAAAUUGCCCAGCCUGUCGAUGGAGCCAAAGCGCCCAGAGUGGGCCAAGCACUGUACUCACGUUGGUCGGGUGAAACUACCCCCAGCUGAGUGGAGCUUUGAUCGAGAGCAGUAG